CACCCUCACCAAAAAAAAAAAAAAAAUGGAUUUGGCUAGAAAAGAAAUUCAAAUUUGCCGCCUAAAUUUGAGUGUUGAGGUGUGUUCAAUGCUUGGUUUCGCAUUAAGUACCCGUCAAAUUUGAGGGAGAAAAGGGGUGUGGGUGUUGGGUAGCCAGCACAUAUGCACAUAUCAGGUAAAAGUGUAAUGGGACUUGUGCAGGUGUUUGGGGUGACUUUAGACCUGUUAGAUAGGAUAUUUGGAGGUGCAAAGAAACCGGAUGUGCCAUUUUCCUAGAUUGUAGUAACUGCUGGUGCAUGCUGGGAGUCUAUACACGCCUCAUGUUGUCAGAUGUUGUGAAGAUGCACUGGAUUUGACCGUGUGUGUUGUGGAUUGUGGAAUUGAAUAUACAGUUUGUAAUGGCUCAUCCUAUGUGUUCUAAUUCACGGAGACAAUGUCUUUCAGUCAUUUCACCCAAGGAGGCAUGCAUAUACGGAUUGAUAGGCUUUGACAACAAACAACCAAAAUGGCGGCCGGUGAAUUAGAAAGUGUCUGAGUGCAUGUAGGAUAUCUGAACGGAGAAUAGGAGUACUGCAUCCCAUCUGAUCCUGCAGAUACUUGAACCACAAUAAAAUAACAACGUUACCAGAUGGGAUCUUUAGUACUCUGGUGAAUUUACGUGAACUACGCCUGUUCAACAAUGAAAUAAGAACGUUACCAAGUGGCAUGCUUAAUACUUUGGUAAAUUUACAGAUGCUAUCCUUGAACGACAAUGAAAUAGCAGUAUUACCGAAUGGGACCUUUGAUACUCUUGUGAAUCUACAGUAUCUAAUCUUGGAGAAGAAUGAAAUAGCAACAUUACCGGAUGGAAUCUUUGAUACGGUUGUCAAUUUGCAGCAGCUAAAUUUGGGCGAGAAUCAAAUAACAGUAUUGCCGAAUGGGACCUUUGAUACUCUUGUGAACUUAGAGAGGCUAUACUUGCACUCCAAUCAAAUAACAGUAUUACCGAAUGGGACCUUUGGCACUCUUGUGAAUCUACAGCAUCUAUCCUUGCACGACAAUCAAAUAAGAACGUUACCAAAAGGGAUCUUUGAUACUCUGGUAAAUUUACAAGAACUAUACCUGUAUGGUAAUCGAAUAACAACGUUACAGAAAGAUACGUUUGCUGGAUUGGCGAAACUAUGAUGGAUCAGAAUAGAAAACAACCCUUUCCAUUGUGAUUGCCAAUUAGUCACUUUCGUCAGUUUUUUUGUCGAAUCGAGAAACUUGAGAAAUUAUUACUACAGAGAACCUUCAUGCCAAAGUCCUUUUAAUUUCACUGGAGUUCUGUUGACUGACAGGAGAGUUCAGAAAAUGCUUUGUGAUUCAGUUUCCACAACCGGUUCAGAUCUCAACACUACAAGUGCAGUCACCGAAAUUCCCGAAGCAGAAUCCAGCUCUACCGUAACUGACGCCAUCACUAUUCGUCAAGAAAUCAGCACUACCGGUACAGCUACUAGCAAACAAAUUGAUGAUGACACAGCUGAGCUGAUAGCUAUACAGCGGAAGAUACUGGAGUUGAUCAUGGCUAUACAGAGGGAGAAACUGGAAAUGAUGUGGAAGGUGCAUAAAGCAUUUGAAGAGUUUGUAGCUUCUAAAAAGAAGAUUGACAGUUAGAAGAUGGGACAAUCGUCGAUCAUAUUUUGAGUUGUAGAUUGUUAAAUAUGUAAUUAUUAUAGUUUUUCAUUAUCUUUGAAAUUAUCUCGUAUAGAAACAUACCUAAGUAAAGGAUAUUUCUGACAUGUUG